AUGGCUCUCGACUCUCUAUCCAUCGCCAAGCUUGUCAUUUACAUGAUAUUAGCGCCAGGUGCUACCUACUGCUUGUGGAAGCAUGGAAGACGAGGCUUCUUGGCGUGGUUCUACGUACAGGUUUUCUGUGUACUGCGAAUUGCGUCUGGUGGCAUCAGUCUUCACACCUCGGAUAACCAGUUGACCUCGACUGUUGUCAACAGUAUUGGCCUGUCUCCCUUGAUGCUAGCUUGCGCUGGCAUACUCCACGAGGUGGUACACACUUGUAUCCCGGACGCGAAUCGUCUGUUGGAGCUCACUUUGGAUAUCAACUAUCAUGGCAUCGUUGCGCUUGGUAUGGUCUUGACUAUUGUCGCCGUAGUAAAGCUCGAGUCCGGAGCAGAUGGCUCGUUUGAUACCAUGCUGUCCCUAUUGAAGGCUGGCGCUGGGAUAUCAGCUUUGGCUUUUGCUCUUUUGGUUAUAUGGGCCAUUUUGACCUUUCGACGCGUCAAGAAUCUGCGGAGCUCCCGGAAAGGUCCCCAAACCAGGCCUGGAAUGAUUCUUCUUUAUGGCGCUUUGAUUGUCCUUCCAUUCAUUGCCUUGCGUCUUGCAUACGGCAUGGCGUUUUUACUGCUGAGAGUGAACAGACCUUCCUCAGCCUUUAUCCGGUCUCUUGCAGCCAUGACGGUCCUUGAAGUUGUGCCAGAGCUUAUCAUCACCAUUACAUACCUCACUGUUGGGUUUCUCAGCCGAGAUAUUCAGCAGCAGACGCGUAUCAUGACACGUGAGGAAGGGACAAGUAUGGUGACAAACGUUUCCGAUAAACAGUAG